UAAAUAGAUUCACUCUCUGCUCCUACAGUGCGGUGGCCACGCGGAUGCAAAGUGGAAUAAAAAGUGUGCUCCAGCUCUGAAAUUUUUGUUAUACCUCUUGCCACAUUUCACAUCGGAGACCUUGCAGGUACUUACCUUGAAAAGUGAUAAGUUCUCGAAAAAUGUUCCCUACUAUUUGGCCGUAUAAACUCGGAUGACUCAAUCGGGUAGAGAGCCAACCCCAGCGUUUUAAAAUUAAGAGAGUCCGUGGCUAAUCCCUCCUUUCCUUCUUUGGAGCCAUGUUUGCGGAUAUUGAUGACAAAGUUGGAUUUUUCCGGAGGGAACACAUAAGACUGAGCAAAAGUCUCAAGGAUGCAGAAAUGAGCUCGUUUUCGUCCUUAAAGACGGACGCAGAGCGAUUUGCAUUCGUCCAUUCUUUGAGCGAUAAACUCGAUCAAUUCUCCAUCAUCGAAGCUGAUGACUGUGGGAAGAACAUGGAGAUAGCAGAGCACUUAAAACUCGAUGGGAAUUUGGCUUUUAAAACAGGAGACAUGUCAACUGCAUUGAACUUUUACAACAGAAGCCUAUUGAAACAUCCAGAUGACGGAGAGACCAGAUCUCAAUUGGCAAUCGUCUAUGCUAAUCGCUCUGCUGCACUCUAUCAUCUAGGAGAACACGAACUGAGCAUUAAUGACAUUGAUUUGGCUGUUGAAAAUGACUAUCCGAAAGCCAUGAGUCACAAAAUACUUGAAAGGAAAGCUCGAUGCUUGUUGGCAAUGAAACAACACAAAUCUGCCUUAGAUGCGUUUAGAAAGACAUUCGUUGCUCUGGAUGAUGCAAAGGGUCCAGUAGAGGAACGGAGAAAGGCACAAACGAAUAUCCAAAUAAUGAUUGCCAUGAUGACAAAGGAUAAGAACAUUUCAGAUGAAUGCCGAAAGAAAAAAUCCGAGACUUACGAAAUGGACUAUGGAGUGAAUCCAGCAUUUCCGUCUGUGAGCGCAGCUGUCCACUUCAGGAAGAAUGACCAAUUAGGUAGAUACGCGGAGGCAAAACGACGAAUUGCAGUCGGCUCGACAAUUUUAAUAGAAAGACCUUACAGUGCUGUACUUUUGGAGGAGAACGCUGGAACCCACUGUUUUCAUUGUUUUAAAAGGUUCCUUGCUACAAUACCAUGCAAAUAUUGCUGCGUCAUUGCAUUUUGUUCCAAAACUUGCCGAACGCAAGCACUGGAUUCCUAUCACCAGUAUGAAUGCAAAGUGUUAAAACAGCUUUGGGCAUCCAAAGCAUCGAUUACAUGCCUCAUAGCUAUCCGACUAAUCAUGCAACACCCUCUGGAGUAUUUUAUAAAAAUCAAGCCUCUUCUUGAACAGGCCAGGGACUUCGGGGAGUCGGACAAAAACUCCGAGGCGAACUACUUGAGCGUUUAUGACCUGGUGCGACAUGACUCCUCGCGGACGGCCGAGGACUUUUUACACCGGGCGCACAUGGCAGUUUUUCUUUUCAAAUGCUUGCGAGCUGCAAAAUACUUUCCACAAUUAGUGAUUCCUUAUGGUGAAAAGGGAGCAUUAACUGAUGACGAGACAUUCAUUGGCGGUCUCAUACUCCGUCAUCUACAACUUUUGCAGUUUAAUGUCCAUGAAGUCUCUGAACUGAUCAUCCCUCAAAAAGCAACACUCAACGACGGGCGAGGAAAAUACCUGGGAGCCGCAAUUUUUCCUACUCUGGCACUCUUCAAUCAUUCAUGUGAUCCCUCUGUUGUGAGAUAUUUUGAUGGUAAUAGAGUUAUUGUGAAUGCAAUUAAAGACAUGAAAAAAGACGAAAUGGUAGCGGAGAACUAUGGACCAAUAUUCACGAGAGCCGAGCGAGAGGAACGGCAGAAGACACUGAAAGAUCAAUAUUGGUUCACAUGUGAAUGCAUUGCAUGCACUGAGAACUGGCCAACAUUUGAAGAGAUGAACGAUGAAGCCAGUAUGAGGUUUAGAUGUGAAUCAAAGAAUUGCUCCAACAUCAUCGUUGUUCCAUCUCAGACCCUCGAGUUCUUAAUCACGUGUCAAGUGUGCAAGAAAGUCACCAAUAUUAUCAAAGGACUCAAAGUAUUACAGGAUACUGACAGUAAAUUUACAGAGGGUCAACAAUUUUUCGACCGGGGCAAUGUGAAAAAAGCUUUGGCAACAUUCCUUGAAUUACUACAACUUCUUCAUGAUAUUUUGGCACCUCCGUUCAAAGGAUACAUUCUCUGUCAGCAAGCCAUCAAAACCUGCUUCCUGCACCUUGGUAAUAAAUUUGUAGAGCCAAAAAUUAAAUAAAAAGAAAUUUUACAGGUUGACGGAAAAUUAUA